GUCACUCUGCUGUUCUUGAUCUUAACACCCGGCACUACGACAUCUCAGGAAAGCCAGGACAGUGGUGUGCCAAGGGAUGGAGCGGCGGAAGGGUCAAUGUCACGCAAAGGAGGUGCCGGGGUACGGGUGCUGACCUUCAACGGGGACGGCCGGCAACGUGCCACCACCUGGGCCAGCUACAAAGACGUGGUGAGACUACCAGGGGACUACACGGUCUGCCUGCGCUUCAACAUCUGGGUGUUUCGUCUGCUGACCGCCGUGCUCUACCUGCUGCCUACCACCGAUCCCGAUGAGGACCCAAUCUCCUUCGAGGUGUACUUCGAGAAGAUACGCACCAAGUACGGUGGGUACGGCCGCUUCUACCCACUGCCCGCCAAUCUGGCCACCAACAAGUGGUACCACUACUGCCAGGUCCGAGACGUGACGGGCGGGGAGGGGCGCGCGUAUUUGGACGGGAGUCUGCUAGUGCGGGAGAGUGUGUCCUUCCUCCCAGACCCUCACCUCCGAAACGUGAUCAUGGGCCAGGACGAGUUCAAGACACCGUACUCCCUGAGCGGAAAGGUAAGCCAAGUGAAUGCUUGGAGCCGAAUCCUCUCCGACGACGAGAUUGCACGUGUGGCUCGGUGCGAGGACAACCUGGAGGGUGAUGUCAUCGCCUGGUCCAGGGAGUGGCUGCUUUACGAAGUGGACGAGGAGGAAAUACCACUCCAGAAGCUGUGCGGAUCGAUGGUGGGUGGUAUGGUGAUGGUGCCGCUGCCACUUCUCAAGUUCCCAGACGCGGUGGGGCUAUGUCGCGGCCUGGGCGGAACGAUAGCGGUACCAGGUGACCGCUCGCAGCUUAUUCAGGAACUCCAACACUUCGAAGGCGUGGAAGGUUGUGACCGACAGUGGGCGGGGGUGACGGAUGUGGCGCAGGAGGGCGUGUGGAGCAACCCAUUUACCGGCGCCGCCCACAACACGAGCGAAAUCUUCUUUCGGGCCCACAAUCCGGAUGGGGACAAGUAUCAGAAUUGCCUACGACUGCAUAUCAAGGGACUCGAGGAUACGAGCUGCGAAAAACACAGCUGCUCCGCCUGCCACACCCAGAGCGGCACCACAUGGACUCUGCGAGGCAUCUGCGAGGAAGAGGAGAGGAUGUACUAUUUCGACCUGAUACCAAACCCGCUCGCCUUCCGCGGUUACGGUGAAUACGAGGUGGCGGCGGUGGAGGGUGAGGGGUGGGUGUGGCACAACACGAUCACCAACGUCACCAUGGCAGUGCUGCGAUCAGAACACAACGAUGAAUUCCCCGUUGGCAGACUCACCUGGGAAGCCAAGGAAGAGGUGUGUCAAGACCCGCCGGGCGACAGAAUACUGACGCUCUCUUCCUGUACCAAAGACGAGUUCACCUGCACGGACGGCUUCUGUAUCCCAUUCCAAAAACGCUGUGACCUUAAGUUCGACUGUGAGGACAAAACUGACGAGAGCUUCUGUGAUAUCAUCAAUUUUCCGACGGACUACAGGUCCAAGCUGCCGCCCAGGCCAGGCAGCGAUCUCGCCUUGCCUCUUUCUAUCAACGUCUCUAUGGACACUAUCAACAUCGACACCACCACUAUGCUUCUCUCCGUCAGCUACAACCUCCGCAUCUCCUGGCACGACAACCGACUCACCUACAACAACCUCAAGAAACUUACGCGCCUUAACACAAUUUCGCAAGACCAGGUGGACCUCCUGUGGCGCCCCACCAUCGGCUUCAUCAACACAGACGACAUCCAACACACAGAGGUGGACGCAGACUCGGUGACCACCAUCGUGCAGGACCACGAUCACUACCGCCUCGACUUCUCUAACCCGUACGAAGUUCGUAUCUUUCGUGGUGACACCAACCCAAUCUCCACCACGCGCAAGUAUAGCACAGUGUUUACCUGCUUCUUCGAUCUGGUCCUCUACCCCUUCGACAUCCAGAACUGCUACAUCCACCUGCAGAUCAUCACGGCGUCCUCAGAAUACCUCAUCUACAAUGCUACUGACUCGUUCGUGGAGUAUCUGGGUCCUCGACUGCUGGUGGAGUACGCGAUAGGAGUCAUAGACCUGCACAUCAAUAACCAGUCGCAGUACAGCGUGUCCAAGGUGCGGGUGGAGCUGGUCAGGCGCUACGGGUAUGCCAUGCUCAACAUCUACAUUCCUUCCCUCAUACUGCUCAUCAUCAGCUACGUAACGCUCUUCUUCAGGCCAUCCAUUUUUGAGGUGCGGGUGAUGACAGCUCUGACCUCCCUCCUGGUGCUGGCCACACUCUUCACACAAGUCUCCGCAUCGUUACCCAAAACCUCCUAUUUUAAAAUGGUGGACAUAUGGCUUCUCUUCUGCAUCAUCAUCAUAUUCUUCAUUAUAAUUUUCCACACUAUCAUCGACCUACACGUUGACUACGGGGACAAGAUCACUUUGUCUGGUGGAGCGUGGAUUACCUCGCCGUCGUCGACAGUGUCCCGGCAGGUCAAGGUGUAUCCGUCUUCUGGUGAUAAUUUGAAUCAGAAUGCUGAGAAAACUACGAAGCUUUUCGGUCGAUGGACGAGGUUCCGGAGCAAACUCGAUUUGCAGUUUUACAUCAAGACUUCCAAGAUCACCAUGUUUGUCAUCUUCGUGCUGUUCAAUACGACCUACUGGGGAACACUAGCCGUGGACUCGGGACUCGUUUAUUACAUAUCCACUGACUAAGACUAUCUUCACAUUCACUGGGAGCGUUCACAUAUAUUUUCAGAUACAUUAGCAAGUACCUCCCUUACUUACUCAAUCAGCCAUUCAAUGACGUGAUUAGUUUUAAUGAAUACGAAAGCACAUCCCAUAAAAUACGUCCCUGAGAACACAUUCGAUAAGCGGUGGAAGUACUCCUUAUUUCUUACUAAUCUUUCAGACAAUAAAACUAAAGAGAUAUUUACCACUGCACCUCACUAAGUUUUUUAAAUCAGGUGUCAGAGAAAGCAGAAAUAUUAUACUUGCCUGAAUAUCUUAGGAAAUUAAUAACAGCUAUCGAAACAUACCUUCCUGUAUGAAAACAUGCUAAAUAGACAGAGUAUAUACUUCUCAGUUUCUUCACCUUCACUUUCCCUCCGUCCUUCACCUCUCGCAAGAUCAUCCCGAAGUCCUCUCCUAUCCUCCCGAGGCUCCCUCCCUGCUACCCCUCACCAGCUCCUCAUCGCCACGCACGCUGCAUCCCUCCACACCUUAUGAGGGACUAAGGCAGCUUUUAUUAACUCCUGCACACAAAUAUUUGUUGGGUAUCGCAACUUCUUAUUUACAUCACGGCGUUCACUCUUCAUUCUUUAUGUUACGUGAAUCUACUUGUUUCAAUUCAGAUAUAAAUAUAACUUUUUUUUGAGUGGUUUGCAUUUUUACUUUUAUACAAGAUGGCUCUCUUAUUUACUUUUUGUAGACUCGAUUCAAUAAACAGCACAGUG